AUGCCCUGGGCUUUCCCUGCUGGGCCACCAAUGGUUGGCGACAGUCGACGAUUAGCCUUGCGAAUCCACGUGCCCGAUGCUGAUGUGACAAAAACUCUGGUUUUCGAUGCUCUCAUGACGGUGGGACAGGCAUGUGAUCAGAUUCGUCAUCAAAUCCGUGAAAUUGAUGGGCUCGACAAUCCUAAAGACUACGGUCUGUUUCUUCCUCACGAGGAUAACAAGAAAGGCCUCUGGUUGGACAAUUCUCGUAGCUUGGAGCACUACAUUCUACGCAAUGGGGACAUAAUUGAAUACAAGUACCGAUUUCGAUGGCUUUACAUUCGUACAAUGGAUGGAACACGCAAAACCCUUCGAGUGGAUGAUAGUAAAACUCUGGCCGAAUUAAUGCUUCCCAUCUGUACAAAAAUGGGCAUUUAUAACUACGAGGAGUACCUCCUGGUACGCGAUACAGAGGAGGCGGAAAAGGAUCGAGGUGUAACCCUAAAACGUGCUCAUCAUCAAACUGGUGGAUUGGUGGGUACCCUUCGAGAUGCUGAUAAGAUGGAGAAGCUUCGCAAAGAGCUCCACACUGACGAUGAAGUGAUUUGGCUCAAUCCGGCUCAGAGUUUGCGACAACAGGGCAUCGAUGAGAAGGAGAUUCUGCUUCUUCGAAGGCGCUACUUCUUUUCGGACAUGAAUGUGGAUGCUAGAGACCCGGUCCAGUUGAAUCUUCUCUACGUUCAGCUCAAAGAUGCCAUUUUAAAUGGAACGCAUCCCGUGACUUUGGAGGAGGCGGUCACACUGGCAGCGCUUCAGUGUCAAGUGGAGCUGGGAAAUUACAAUCCGAACAAAUUUAAAUCUGGAUAUUUGGAUCUAAAGGACUACCUUCCAAAGGAGUUCUUGAAGGUGAAGAAUGUGGAGAAGAAGAUAUUUCAGCAGCACGCCACUCUGAAUGGCCUCUCUGACAUUGAGGCUCGUGUCAAGUACUGUCACUUUUGUCGAUCUCUCAAGACCUAUGGCAUCACCUUUUUCCUUGUCAAGGAAAAAAUGAAAGGCAAAAAUAGACUGGUUCCUCGCCUCUUGGGUAUCACAAAAGAUAGUGUGGUACGAUUGGACGAACGCACAAAGGAGGUGGUCAAGGUUUGGCCUCUUACCUCCAUCCUAAAAUGGGCUGCCUCGCCUAAUGCAUUUACUAUGGAUUUCGGUGAAUACUCUCCCGACGAGUACUACACAGCACAGACAGCAGAGGGUGAACAAAUUUCCCAACUAAUUGCUGGCUACAUUGACAUUAUCUUGAAGAAACAGAAGGCUCGUGAUCACCAAGGCCUCCAAGGCGAUGAAGAGGCUGCAAUGUACGAGGAGAAUGUGAGAGCAGAACGUGCCAAGUUUGUUCACACCGAGCGCCGUUCAGUGGGACCAGCCGAUCGGAUGCGUGUACAGGCAAGAGUUGAGGAGACAAUCGAAAAACAACGUUUCCAACAGCCACAACAGGCACAACCACCCCUUUUGAAUGGUACAGCUCAACAGAUGGUGGUCAAUGAUGACGACAACAAUAUGGUCGGUUAUAUUGGCACCUCGGAGAGACGGUAUAUUCAAGCUGGAUCAAUUCCGACACUUUCUAGUGAAAUUGGACGCAUCAAAGUCGAUGAUACUACUGAUGACUUUAUCACCGGUGGUACGCAGUACUAUGUGUGCAAGACGAUGACUCCGGCACAGCGUGCGUUGCACGUGACUAUAGAGGAGAAUAUUAACGCAUUGGAAGAAGGCAAACAACGGCUGGACAUCGGUCCACCGGCAGAGAGGGUAUUGGUUAACCUGGGACACGAUGAAGCAUCCCGUCGGUGGUUAUAUGAGUCAAUGGGAGUAACGGAGGUGCGAGUUGCCGACGAGAUGGGAGCAAUGAAUGCAGCAGUCGCACAGGCUGUGCGUUCUGCUAAUCGUGCCGACUCGGCGGGAGGAGGAGUUCAUUUCGGUGUUACCGAGGUUACUGAUCCCUCUGAUGACCUUAUGCGUGUGCAGCAGUCCUUCCGAGUGGUUACUGUACACUUUCCGGCUUUUGUGGACAAUGUCAAACGUGUCGCUGUCCUUCGAAGGGAGUCAGGUCUCCUUCGAGCUGAAGAUGAGCCAGAUGAACGACUACGUCUCGAUAUAACAGAUCAGUCGGAAGCGAACGCGCAGAACCUUCUGGGAGCUGCUAGAACUGUUGCAGACAGCUUCACGGCACUACUGAAAGCUGCUACGCCGCUCACCACUCGCCAGACGGACUACAACCUGGAUACGGUAAACUACGUGACGGAACAGGGAUCACAAGUUGCUGGAUCUUCUCGGAAGGCUAUUUUGGAGGCCGCAAACCGUGUUGGUGAAGCUAGCAAUGAUUUCCUACGCUACGUUCUGCAAGAUACCGAGGUUUUAGAGGGCGAAAUCGUCCCAGAGGUGGAUGAACGUGCCUAUCAGGAUAAACUCUUGGAGUUGGCGAAGGAAGUUGCCAAUUCUACGGCCGUCCUCGUGGUCAAAGCCAAGAAUUUGGCCACUCAGACCAGCUUGGAUCCGGAUCAUCAACAACUGGUUGUCAUGGCUGCGACCAAUACCGGUCUCUGCACCAGUCAGUUGGUUGCUUGCACCAAGGUGCUAGCACCAACAAUUCAUCAGGCGUCCUGUCAGCAACAACUUUCGGAAUCAACUUGUGAAGUAGCAACCGCAGUCGACGAUGUUGUUCGCGUUGCUCGUGGUGCUGGUCAAGCAGCUCAUGACACUAUCAAUCUCUCCGAGCCCGAAGUCCACGAGAUCGAUUCUGCCGUAAUGCAGGUUGAAAGUGCUGCCACAGAAGUUCGCACUUCUCUGGAUCGUCUUAACGCCCAUCUCUUGCGUGGCUCAAUUAGGCCAUAUCAGGGAGAUACGUUGGAUCUCUUCCAACAGGCCUAUGAUGAGCUACGUCAGGAGACAGAUGGUGUUCGGUUGGUUGCGGCUGCUAGACGUUUGUCUCAAGUCACCGCUCAGAUGAUAUCCGAUUUAAAGGUGCAAGCAGAGACUGUGGAAGGGGACCCAGAACGUCAGACCCGUCUCUUCGCUGCCGCCAAACAACUGGCCGACGCUACCACAGAACUCAUCAAUCAGGCCAAGAUUUGCUCAAGCAAUCCAGACUCGCUGACCCCACAGGCAGACUUGAAGCAUGCUGCUGAUAACCUAGUUGUUGUAGCUUAUGCUUCAGCAGCUGAACUAUUGAAUGCUCGUGUAAUUCGGAGUCUUCAAGCCGCAGCCAGGGCUGUUGUCAGCGCCUCCAACAAUCUAAUCACAACAAGCCGUUACGCUGCUAAUAAAUCACGCGCCAAUAACUACCAUAUUUUGAUUAAUGAGAAAGCAGUUUCUGAUCUGCUACCUAAAAUGGUCAGUGCCAUUCGUUUCAUUCGUCGUGAUCCGGAGGAUCCUUUGGCCCAGUUAGAGCUGAUUUGUGCCUGUGAACACGCCAUUCAGCCAUGCGGUCAGUUGGCUCGUUCCUGUCGCUCCAUGGUACCAACAAUAGGUGACCCAGCCGUACAAAGUGCUCUAGACAACUCCACCUCUCAAAUGGUGGUUGCAGUCGAAACAUUAAAGGCUUGCCUGGCACGUGUUUCACCGAUUGCGCGGCAACUGCAAAUGGAUGGUGCGUUGGCGUCACUUUUGCGAACAGUUCGUGAAGCCGAAGAACUGGAAGAUCUUUCCAAAGCCGGUACUUUAACCGCUCUUCCUGAUGAUAAGGUAGAAGAUCGCUAUCGAAUACUGAAGGUUAGCAUUCGCGAUGCUCAGAACGCAACCAACGAGGUCACUUCAGCGGUAGAUUCCCUGGAACAAGACUACGCAGCUCCACAGAGUCCAAAUUGUGAUCAAGGAGAGGAUUGGUUGGGCUCAUCAGCCAAUCGGCUUGCCGGCGCCAUGUCCGAUCUCUUGCGUUCCACCCGUAGCUGUUUAGUCUCCGAGGAUCGACCAAUUGAUAGCAGCGGAGCUUCCGCCGCUCGUACAGCUGCUCAACUUGCCUACCAGCUCGUGUGUGAGGCACGGAAACUUGAGGCUCUUCAACCAACCGUUUCUAGUCCGGAUCAACAAGCUGAUGUUCUGGAGAGUAAUCGAAACGUGGCAAUAAACUGCAAACUCAUUGGAGACAACCUCAAUCGUGCACUCUUUGAGUGCUUGUUGAAAGCGUUACCCGGUCAGAAGGAGCUGUCGGAGGCGUCAGAUUUGGUAGGUCGACGAAGAAAAGAUCUUGUCCGUUUCGCGGACAAUCCAACGGUAUUCGAAUAUCCGAUUGAAGAGACACGAGUGGAGAGGACACAGACUGAAUUUGCUGGUGCUGCAGUGGAAUUUAAUCAAGCGACUGCAGAUUUAACAAGUUGUUACACCCCGAGCAACUUUCGACGCUCGUCUGUGCGAUUUGCAGGUGCUUAUGAUUCUCUGGUGGAUAAGGGAUUGCAGCUAUCACGUGCAAAGUCACCCAAGGACCCCACCGGUCCACAGUUGAUUACCGGACUUGUGGAAGUCUCUGAUCGAAGCAGUGAGAUGCUGGAGGACGCAAAACAGGUCUGCAGUCAACCUGAAGCGGAACCGCUGAGGCAAAAACUCCACCUAGCUGCAAGGUCAGUGACGGAUAGCAUUAGCCACCUACUGAGUGUUUCUGUGUCGGGUGUGGUCCCGGGGGUAGCAGAUUGCGAUGCGGAAUUGAGAAGACUCGAGGCCAUGCGUCCACUUCUUGAAUACCCCGAUCGUCCCACUAAUCAACACACAUACCAGCUAUGUGUCAGCUCGUUUGCCCAAUCACUGGCUCCUUUAUCUGAUGGAAUUCGUGGCACUCUAGAUGGUAUUAAAUCGCAUAACACUGAAGUUUUUACAUCAAAUAUCAGAAAAGUGACGGAUUGUCUGUGUCAAGUGGUGGAAGAAACCUCACAGGCGGCUUAUCUGAUUGGUGUUGCGCAUCCCACAUCGGAGCCUGGAAGAGGCGGCCCUGUUGACAUCGCUUUCUUUGAACGUCUUCAACGGGACAUCAAGAACAUUUGCCGUGCAAUGAAGAGUCCCGAGGUUACUGAACGACAGGUUGUCAAUCUGGCCAAUGACAUGUCGGCUAAUGUACGCAGCCUACGCGACGCCUGCAAUACAAUUGCAGCCCAAGCAAACAAUCAGGAGGCGCGACGUAGGUUACAGAAUCUGGCCGAUGACUCGGUGAAGAGUAUGAGUGAACUGAUCCAACGCAGUGCUGACUGGUCGGAUGAGGGACGUCGUAUAACUGCGAAUAAUAUCCAUGCAGUCAAUGGAAAUAUCGAUCGCCUAGUGAGUUUUAUCACCUCGAUCAGUGAAUUUGGUGGAGAACCUGCAAGAAUUAGCAGUGAGGCUCGGAGUGCUCAACAACCCAUCUGCUUAGCUGGCCAGGCAUGUUUAGAGAGUGGAAGGGGUGUAAUUCUGGCCUCGAAGCACAUGCUCCAGACGGCAGAAACCAGUGGCGAACCAUCAAACACCGCGUUUGGAGCGUUUACAGCGGCUAGCCGAGACCUAACCGAUAACACCAAGCAUCUUCUCGCCGUCCUAAAUGAACAGGGGCCUGGACAGGCAGAAUGUCAACGCGCAUUAUUGAACAUUCGUCGAUUGUUGCAUGAACUGGAACGCGACAAGAUGGCAAUGAUGGAUGGCGUCUUUACCCCACGACAUGACAGCAAUGAAGAGGGCUUCUUGAAGCAACUCACCAUAAGCGCCCGAGCUGUACGCGACAUGGCGACGCCGGUAGGACGCGGUGCCACCUCGGAGGCAGAACGUUUGGGUCAUGCGGUUCGCGAAUUGGAUCUUCUCCUUCCAGGCCUCGUUUCUAGCGCUCUUGGAGCUGCCUCACGUGCUCCCAACUCCUCGGCCCAAUUAAUAUACGUGGAGCACACUCGAACCGUCCUCGAGUCUGUUGAACAACUCAUCUCUGCUGCUAAACAGGCCGGCGGAAAUCCCCGAUCUGAUCCUAUUCGAGAAGCGGUGGGUGAUGGCGUUAAGGCUCAAAUUGAUUCCUGCGAAGAACUCCUCUCCGCCAUUGAAGGUGUCGCAUCUCAGCAAAGCUUCAUGGCAAAGCUUAUGGCUGUGUUGGAGGAAUCAAGGGCCCUUGUAAAUACUAUUUGUCACCUCAUUUUAGAAACCUUACUUUCAACGGCUAAAAUUCAGGUGGACAAACCCGGUCGUGCACCAUAUGACGCUCACUUCACCGAUUAUCAGUCUCGUCUCCUUCGACUGGCUCGUCACAUGGAGCAACAGACCGAGGCGACCGUUCGAGCAGCUCGACGUCCACAAGAAUCCAUCAGUCAAGAAAUGACAGGAUUGGUGCAGAAUUUGGCGCAAGAUUACGCAGAGAUUUGUAUGAUCUCUCGCGACGCCUGUGAAACGCUUCGUGAUCCUCACGAGGCAGAAAAGCUGCGAUGGGCGGUGAAAAACCUCGGUCAGACGACACGUGGACUCAUUAUGGCUACUGUCAAUGUUGCCUCAUCGAGACCUGACACAUCUUUGAAUAGAGGCAGUGUUGGCGCGAAGCCGCCUGCGUACCUGCGCAGUUUGGAUUUCUCUGCCGGUGCUAUGAACGAUAGGCUUCGGGAGCUGAUUGCCUUAUUGGAGAUGCAGGGUCCCGGAACUCAGGCGUGUUUACAAGGUGCAAGCACAGUGAGUGGAAUAAUCGCGGAUUUGGACACUACUAUCCUCUUUGCGAGCUCUGGAACCCUCCAUCCACCCAUUCGUGAUGACGCCGAUGUUCAUCAACUGGAGGCUCAGCACAGAUACUCUGCCCUCUCCUCCGGUUACGAUGACUUUGGACGUGAGGCCCAAGGCAACUUUAUCAGCAUUCGCGAAAGUAUUCAUCGCACAGCCGACGCUUUGGUUCAAGACACCCGUUCUCUCGUAAUGUGUGCUGGUGAGGAUCAAACCCGAUUGGCUGGUUCAACUCAAAUGGCCGUUCGCAACAUCUCCCAAUUGGCUGACGUGGUUAAGCAGGGCGCUGCACUCAUUGGUCCCGGUCAAUCCGAUAGCCAGGUCCUCAUCCUUGGAGCCGCGAAAGAUGCAGCUGUUGCUCUCCGAAGUACCCUUUUGGCUGCUUCUCAAGUUCAAGGGCGACCCAAAACAGAUCCGGCAUUUAAGGAGAUGGAGACGUAUGAAGGUAGUGUGGAAUCGAGUGUAGCUUUUCUCCUGAAGUCUGUGGAUUCCAUUGACAUGGAGUCGACGCGAGGUACUAAGGCUCUUAUAGCAACUGCUCACCUCUGUCGUCAAUUGGCUAAUCGUAUGCCUUCUUCUGCGGCCACGGCGGGACAGGCGGUCAGUUUAAACGACCUGGGCAGUGCAACCACCCUACUUUCUACAACUUCAAGCCUCGUCUCGCGCUAUCUGGCGCCGGAUGAGCUGUCGCGCGCCACAGAGGGACCCCUUCGGACGACUAUGGACAGGGCAAUGGCCACGGCUUCAACGCGGAGACAAGAUGAUGCGCUCAUUUUUGCCAACACCGCUAGACAUGCUGUUGUGGACCUAGUCAACGCUUGCAAGAAUCUCCAACGUCAACCGGAGAUAAAGGAGGAAUUCCGGAAGGGUAGUGCUGACACAGUCAGGAAAGUUGUCUUGGAGACUGCUGAGCUUCUGGAUGCUGUUAAAUGUGUGAUUGCUGAGGCUAACCCGAAUGACCUUAACCGGGUAUCCGCAUCGGCGGGCAAAAUCACCACCUUGUCCAAUCAGCUCAUGCGGCUUAUUGACAGGAUGCGUGAUAAUCCACGCCUUGUUAUGUACUUCCGAGUCAGCAAUCCCGAAUGGCGAGAUGUGGCAGAGAAGUAUCUGGGUCGUCAUAUUGCCUUUCAUCAUCAUUACGAAUCCUGCAGUGAUUAUGAUGGCUCCAACAGAGCCACAAGUAGCCAGAUCAGUUGUCUGCAAUCCCAGCUCGAUUCAACAGGUCGUCUGUUGACUGGAACUGAGGCUGCGCUAGAAGCCAGUAGACGAAUUGAUGUUGCUUUAGGCCUACUGGAAGGUGAUUUUUAUCAGAGCAUGCAGAGGUCGACCAAUCAGGAUGUUGUACAUCACACCCAACCAAUCCUGAGUAUGGCUCGUGCAGUUACCCUAGCAACACGGGAAUUCGUACAGACUGUCCAAUUAGCUUCCACCUCCAAAGCCACGGCUAAUUUUGGUCGACUGGAUUUGUCAGUUGCUCUAGCAACAGAACAAUUAUGCGAAUUGACACGCCUCUGUUCGGAGACACGAUCCGAAGGACCCUACACAGCUCCCCUGGAUGACCCAAUUCGUGUGAUGCCUUCCAGAGAGCGUCUGUUGAAUGCUGUUCGACAGGUGGCCACCGCAAGUGGAGAAUUGCUCUACGCUGUACAGUCCAACGCCCAAAUCACCUCAGCCAACAUGACCGCUGUCCAGACUGCGGCGAGAGUUGUAAAAGAACAGACAGACAAAAUGUCCACAAUGGUUCGUAACAAAGAUCCAAUUUUCAGUCACCUUCCGUCUCAAAGCGGUUUGGGGGCCAGCAUUGCGACUCCGAUCCCCAUCGUCUCACCCCAACAGGAGGGUACCAACUCAAGUGCUCAAAUCCACACUGAACAGGCGGCCUUGGAUGACCUUCGAAAUGAAGUAGUGCGGCUUAACCGAAACUUGAACGAGGAGAGGGGCAUGAGUUGA